AGCGAGUAACUUUAAAAUCGGUAUGGUUGACUCAGUUUUGGUAUUACUUUUGUGCUGAGUGUUGUCUGUAUCUUCCUUUGGUAAAUGUACUUAACAUUUUAGACUAUGCCGUAUCUAAUGGAUGAAGAAGUUUCUAGCGAUGAAUCCAUCGAAUGUAAAGAUGUGGAGAUUGAUUACGAAAGUUUGUCCAACAGUACUACAGGACCACCGAGUUAUGCAUCUCUAGCUCAGAAAGAUUCAGCAAAGAAACCGAAAAAUCCAGGUGACUUACAUACGAGUAAAGGAAAGGUGUUGAAUUAUCUCCGGAUACCGAAAGCUGUUGAUUUCAUGUCUCCAGAUCUAACUGAAUAUGUUACAGAAACCCAAAGGGCAGGCCUAAUUGCACAACUUAAAGCUAAUAAAGACUAAUCCUACGAAAUUUCUUAAUUUUUUCUCACAACACAUGCUUAGCCUAAACAAUAGAUGUCUUAAAGUAUAUGUUAAAAAAUGGUACAUAUUGAAUAUAAGUAUGUUUGCCUUGCUGCGUUUUAACUGAACACAUCCAAAUUCUGUAGAUCUGUCAAACCAUGUUUUUGUAUGUUCACGAAUAUUCGAUUAGAUAAUUCAGUAUUAAACAAUGAUGUUUACUGUUUUCUCACCACCUAUGCGAA